ACCAUCUUCGCUCCUUUAGUCGUUUGCGGAAUGGACUUCGCAGUGGCUUCGCAAUACAUUCCUCAUCUAUGCAAGCCAGCAAUAGGUCAGGCUAGCGGUCGACCUCCGCUGCUCCCGAGAUUGUCUCUAGUCGUCCGAGUUGGAGAUGGUGUAUCGUGGUAAGCCUUCAAAGGGCUGCGCUAUUUGUAGGAAUAGGAAGAAAAAGUGGGACCAAGCUGUCCCAGAAUGCGGUCAGUUCGUGUCUCAAAAAAGACCAUGCCCUGGGUACCGAAACCAAUUAGAUCUCUGCUUUGUAGAUCAGAGUUCUCAGGUCGCUGAAAAGGUGCGGAAGGCGAGCCCACUAAAUGUUACCAUUAUCCGCUCGUCUCCGACAGAGAGUGCAAUCACUGCAAAUGGGUUGAUGUCACGCUCCUUUUUCCGAUUGAAGGAGUGGAGCUAUCCCGAUGCUUUCGAAACAUUCACGCAAAUUCCUUAUCAUCUUUCUCAAUCAUUGGACCAGCUGGCGCUAAACCUUUUUAUGACCAACUAUGUCGGACGUGACGCGACCCAGUAUCAAUUCGACUACCUCCCGGACUUCUAUCAGCAGCCAGGACUCGAUAAGAAUUUCAGCUUAAGCAUAGUGGCUGUUGGCUUAGCGGGUUUUGCUGCCGUCAAUAACGUCCCAGUACUAGUCCACAAAGCUCGCAUGAAGUAUUCAUCCGCGAUUCGAGCGGUCAAUUUGGCUUUGGCAUCUCCGGAUACUGCUAAAAAGGACUCAACGCUCGUUUCAGUCAUGCUUUUAGGCAUGUUCGAAAUCAUCAUAUCGCCAAGUCAACAAUCGCUGGAGAUACUAAUGAAGCACUUGAAUGGAGCUGUCGAGCUAGCCAAGCUCUGAUCUAAGGAGCAGUUCAAGACGGAUCUCGGGAGACGCUUAUUUCACAGUCUGAGCCUCAACGUUGUGGUAAACGCUUUCCUUCAGAACAAUCCGAUACCGGGUGAUUUCAUCAGCUGGAGGCAGUAUAUGCCAGACCUUCACAAUCCGGGCAGGCCAGAGCACGGGCUUCUCGACAUUAUGAUUCGCUGGGUCGACCUCAUGCGGGAUGUCGAUUCAGGGUUUUUCACCACCACCGCAGAUAUUAUAGAGAAAUGCCUUUAUUUGGACCAUGAUAUGCAAAGCUUCGCUGAGAGGAUG